AACCAGAUCUAAGGGCAUUUUGGGAAAAAAAGGCAACCCGCAAUCGUGAAAUUCACUCCACCGGCACGUCUCUCCUUUUUCCCACGCACUCCUCAAAAUCCACGCAUUUCCUCCUCAGCACCACCACCACCGCUUUUCUGGCUUCUCUGUUCCUCCGCCGCCGAAUCGAGAUGACGAAGUUACGUUUUCUCCUCCCCUUCCUCAUCCUCGUCCUCCUCCCACUCACCUCCGCCGAGAUCAAGAACCUGAAAAUAUCCUCCGAUUCUCGGCCCAUGAUCCUUUUCGAACGAUUCGGCUUCACGCACACCGGCCAAGCCACCAUAACCGUCUCUUCCGUAUCUGUAAUCUCCAAGGUCGGCUCCCCCGAGCCCUCCCGGUUAGGUUUCUUCCUCCUCUCCGAAGAAUCCCUGGUUCAGGUCCUUCUUGAACUCCAAACAAACCCUUCCUUUUGCGUCCUCGACUCCAAGUACAUUAAUCUCCUCUUCACUUUCCGCGAUCUCUCCCCUCCGCCGCACUCCUCGUUUAACCACUCUUAUCCGAUCACUUCUCCGAAUGAGUAUUCGUUAUUUUUUGCCAAUUGUGCCCCUGAAUCUACGGUGACGAUGGAUGUACGCACGGAGCUUUAUAAUCUCGACGGAAGAGAGAAGGACUUUUUGUCUGCUGGGUUAACUCAAUUGCCGUCGUUGUAUUUCCUUUUUUCUGUUCUUUAUUUCGGAUUUUUGUCCUACUGGAUUUAUAUCUGUUUGAAAAAUAGGACGUCUGUGCAUAGGAUUCAUUUGCUCAUGGGUGUUCUGGUUAUUAUGAAGGCAUUGAAUUUACUUUGUGCCGCGGAGGAUAAGCAUUAUGUGAAGGUUACAGGGACGCCACAUGGAUGGGAUGUGUUGUUUUACAUCUUCCAGUUUCUUAGGGUUGUUUUGUUGUUCACGGUGAUUGUUUUGAUUGGUACUGGGUGGUCGUUCUUGAAGCCAUUUUUGCAGGAGAGGGAGAAGAAGGUGUUGAUGAUUGUGAUCCCAUUGCAGGUCUUGGCAAACAUUGCAUCCAUUGUGAUUGGGGAGACAGGGCCGUUUAUUAAGGAUUGGGUAACAUGGAAUCAGGUUUUUCUUUUAGUGGAUAUCAUUUGUUGUUGUGCGAUUAUUUUUCCAAUCGUGUGGUCUAUUAGGUCAUUGAGGGAGACGUCAAAGACUGAUGGCAAGGCUGCAAGGAAUCUGUCGAAGCUGACCCUUUUUAGGCAGUUUUACAUUGUUGUUAUUGGGUACCUGUAUUUCACAAGGAUUGUCGUGUUUGCGCUCAGGACUAUUGCUGCUUAUAAGUACCAGUGGGUGGCUAAUGCAGCUGAGGAGAUUGCGAGUCUAGCUUUUUAUACUAUAAUCUUUUACAUGUUUAGGCCACUUCAUAAGAAUGAAUACUUUGUACUUGAUGAUGAGGAGGAAGAGGCUGCAGAACUGGCUCUUCGGGAUGAAGAAUUUGAGCUUUGAAGUUGGAGAUCCAAAUGCUAUUCCUUUUUGCUUUGUUCUGGCCUCACAUAUUCAUAUCGUGAGUUAUUCGACGAAUAUAUAGAUAGAUUUUGCAACAAAUUUAUGAUUCAUGUACCUGUUUCUCUGCUUUUUUACUUCCAAAUUCUUCUAGAGACGAUGAGCUUUAUCUGAUAGCGGCUUUGACCUUUGGAUAAUGAAAAUGUAAUUUCAAUUACAAAUAUCGCGUCUGCCUUCU